AAAAAGAUUCAAGAAAAAAAAGAGUGUAUAGCCAUGGAUGAAGAGAACCCGAGAAAUGUUCUUGAGGUUCCUCUUAUUGUUCCAAGUUCAAGAACUGAAAAUGGUUGUGAUCAUAUUAAUUUAGGGGGAAGAAUUAGAAGAUUUAGAUGGGUUAAGAUAAAAUCGAGCAUUGUCAUCUCAGAUUCGAUCAUAGAACUAAAGCAACAACUGAAGUUAGCAGGGCCACUUUGUGUGGUGAGUCUUUUGCAGUAUAGUUUGGAGAUAAUUUCUGUGAUGUUCGUCGGUCAUCUUGGAGAGCUUUCCCUUUCUGCUGCUUCAAUGGCGACCUCUUUUGCUUCUGUCACUGGCUUUAGCUUCAUGCUUGGAAUGGGAAGUGCACUGGAAACAUUCUGUGGACAAGCUUAUGGAGCAGAACAAUAUCGUAUGCUUGGUGUACACACACAAAGAGCAAUGGUUGUACUCAUGCUUAUGGCUAUUCCUAUAUCCAUCAUAUGGACUUUCACAUGCACAAUCUUUACUUUUUUUGGACAAGAUUUAGAGAUCUCAACUAAAGCUGGAUCAUACACACGUUGGCUGAUUCCAAGUAUCUUCCCUUAUGGGCUUCUUCAAUGUCAGUUGAGAUUCUUACAAGCUCAAAGUAACACAAAAGUUUUGAUGAUAAGCACUGGAUUAACAAGCUUAAUUCACAUUCUUGUUUGCUGGAUUUGUGUUUUUAAGUUGGGAUUAGGCUGUGAAGGGGCUGCACUUUCUUGUGCUGUUUCUUAUUGGAUUAAUGUGUUGAUUUUAUCGAUUUAUAUCAAGUUUUCUCCUGCUUUUGAAAAAACAUGGAUGGGUUUUUGUAAAGAAGGUGUGACAAAUCUUGGCGACUUUCUUGUGUUGAGCAUACCAUCUGCACUCAUGGUCUGCCUGGAGUAUUGGUCUUACGAGUUCCUCGUGUUCAUGUCUGGUCUUCUUCCAAAUCCAAAACUUGAAACUUCAAUGAUGUCUGUCAGUCUCACUACAAGUUCAGUGAUCUUCAGAAUUCCUUACGGAUUUGGGAGUGCAGUAAGCACGAGAGUUUCAAACGAAUUAGGAGCUGGGAAACCAAAGGCUGCACAGCUUGCAGCACGAGUUGUGAUCUUUUUAGCCAUUACAGAAGGAGUUCUCAUAAGCUUACUUUUAGUUGCUAUUCGACAUAUCUGGGGCUAUUUAUUCACCAAUGAAGAAGAAGUUGUGAGUUAUAUGUCUUCAAUCAUGCCUGUUCUUGCAUUAUCCAACUUCAUGGAUGGAAUUCAAGGUGUUCUCUCAGGUACUGCAAGAGGAUGUGGGUGGCAAAACAUCGGUGCAAUUGUGAACCUUGGAGCAUAUUACAUCGUUGGUCUUCCUUGUUCAGCCAUCUUGACUUUUUUACUGCAUUAUGGAGGAAUGGGACUCUGGAUGGGGAUCAUAGGAGGGAGUGGUCUACAAGCAAUAGUUUUCUUGGUCAUUACUAUGCGCACCAACUGGGAACAACAGGCAAUAAAUGCACGGAUUCGGGUGUGUGGUGGCAGCUAGCCGAAGCGAUAGACAUGACUCAAGAAAUGAUAUUUAUUCGCUGGCGUUGUCCCACUAAUGUGAUUGAUAAGUGGUAAGAAAAACUUGAUUUCCAUUAGUAAGAAAAACUUAGAUGCUUCAAAAUGUGAAUAGAAGUUUGAUGAUGGGUACUAAU